GCGGAGCCGCGGGGGAGCGGAGCGUGUGGGGCGGCGGAGGGGAGGCGGGCAGCGGGCGGGCAAGCUGGUGUGAGCUGUUUGGCCACCGGAGCCAAUCGAAAGCUGGGGCUUGAUCCUCUCCCCGGGCAGCGGCUGAGCGGAGCCAGUGCCGAGCUCCCUUCCACCGCCGGGACCCGGCGAAGCCGCCGCGCUCUCGCCACGCACCGCUCUCCGCCACUGCGCGCCUAUGGGCAUCUGCAGCCAGCGAGGGCUUCGCACCACCGCCACCGGCACAAGCGGCACCCGCGGCAGCACGAGAGGACGACGACCGCCACCCCGCUUCAUCACCCCUUGGGAUCUAUAGCUGGCAGGACGGCGCGCGCUGCAGACCCUUCCCCGCCUCUGUGCAGGAUGAUUUGGAAAUUCGCCUUAUCCGUUUUUCUGGUGGCAGCACUGGUUCGAGUAACAGACACCAGGAAAAACCGUCCUGCGGGCGCCAUUCCCUCCCCUUACAAAGACAGCAGCAGCAACCACUCCGAGCGGAGGCAGCAGCUGAACAAGGAGGUGUUGGCCUCCAGCCAGGAGGCCCUGGUGGUCACCGAAAGGAAGUACCUCAAGAGCGACUGGUGCAAGACGCAGCCCCUGCGGCAGACUGUCAGUGAGGAGGGCUGCAUAAGCCGCACCAUCAUCAACCGCUUUUGCUAUGGGCAGUGCAACUCCUUCUACAUACCCCGGCACGUGAAAAAGGAGGAGGAGUCCUUCCAGUCCUGUGCUUUCUGCAAGCCACACAAGGUCACCUCUUCGACUGUGCAGCUGGAGUGCCCGGAGCUGGACCCACCUUUUCGACUCAAGAAAAUUCAGAAGGUCAAGCAGUGCCGGUGCAUGUCUGUGAAUCUUAACAACUCGGGCAAACUGUGAGAGCGGGCGUGUAGCUACUGCUUGCUCUUGCCCCGAUCAGAUUUACUGCUGCCUCUCACCUUCCACGGAGCAGACUGUCCCUUUUGUUGGUUUAUUUCUUCUUUUCCUUUUUUUCUUUUUUUUUGUGUUUUGUUUUCCUUCAGGAGGCAUCUCUCCAGCAAGGAAAGGCUCCUUGUUGCUUGCCUACUGGAAUAGCGCUUUUUAAUGGGCUCUGUUAGGCACUUCACCAUCAAGUUUCAUUGUAUUUCCAAUAUCAUCUGGCAGUUGGACCUUCUGGAGUGGAGCAGGCUCCCAGAAGCUGGGAUUGAUCAUCUAAAAGUGACCAGUUGGCUGAAUCUGGCAUCACAUGUUUCCACUGUGUGGAGUAAAGCCCUCUGCCCUACACUCCAGUCCCCUCCAAAAGAUAAGAACACCUUUCCCACGCUUUGGUCUGGAGCUUGCUGCUCCCACUUGAAAUACUGGGAUUCUGCCCAGGACUGGGGGAUGCAGAUGGGGGAGAGUUAACGUGCGAAAAGCAAGCGAGACUCUUCGAUGAGGCUCAUCUCGUUAAGACAACUUUAAAUGUGCAAUGACAGACGUUUCCGGCUUGUUGUCUGAAUAGCAGAUGAUAAGAAGCAAGGGGAAGAGGGUGAGGAGCUGGGUCAGCCACUGCAACCACAGAGCAGACUGAGGGUGGGUUCUGAUGCUGUUGUGGUUAGAGUAUAUUGAACACAUGGUCUCUGCAGCAGUGUUUAUUUUGUAACCUAGCUAUGGGUAAACAGCUGUUUAAAGUAUUACAGACCUAGCCAUGUAUAUUUUGCUUGUGGCAGAAUAUGCCAGAAAUUAAAAUAUGUUGACAAAGAGACUCGGAUGCUAGGUCAGCUGCCUAGCUUAAAAUGGGCAUAGUUUAACUAGGCUUUCAGUAGGGUUUUGUGUGCUAGAUAUAGGUGUGUCCCUUACUCCAAAAAGGACAUCCAUUUAUGACCUUUAUUUAUGCCUGCGUAGACCGAGGAAGGUGGGAGGGUAGUGGGAGAGGAGCUGAGAACACUUAAAGGAACGUUGUUUCCCUUAAGGUGUAAAAGCACUGUCGCACGAAGGACAAAACUUGGUCAUUGCUGGACUGAAUACAAAAGCUACAUCAGUGUCAUCAGGUUUUGGGAGUGGUGUCUCUCCCAUGAUUGGAAAUAAUGUGCUAGUGUUAAAGGACAAAUCCAUCAGUCAGUGGUGCUGGAAUGGGUCACAGCUGUAGGAGCAGGGAGAGAGCAAGUUGUAAUUGCAACAGUACUGGUGGUCCACUCAGUUUUUCAGUCCUACACAAUCAGUGUUGGUGAAUGCUUGAAGUUCAUUUUAAAUCAUGCCAUGUUGUUAUUCAGUUGAUGGAGUUUAGCAUGUCCCGUUUAUCCCAUUUGUUACAGAUAUGAUCUGUAUUAGUCCCAGCUGCAUUAAAAUCCUGUGCCUGAAAACAAACCAGCUCCUUCUCCCAAACCAAAGCCUGUGCGUGCUCAAUUGUCUGAAGCUUACAAAUUAAAAAUGACAUGCUGACUCCCUGAUGCAUGUCUCACAGCUCAGCAUCUGCAGCUAGUGAAACCAGCUUGCUGUGGGAGCUCUUUCUCUCCAGCCUCUUCACAUGUAGCCGCUUGAAGGGGUUAAUGUGUUUAGCACUGUCACCAGCUAAGGGCUCAGCGCCACAGGUCUCUAUUAUGUGAGACAAGCUGCUCUAAGAGGCUUUCAGGACUGAGCUCCACCAGAGCUUACCAAGCGGUUUAUGGGGAUUGGCAUGGGCAGGAUGAGGUUGAGCAGAUCUGUUAGCCCUAUUACAUGAACAGCCGUAGCUUUUCUGCUGUGAUCUUUCAGCGUGUCAGAAGUGCACAGGGAGACUCCUCAUGCAGGGAUUGCCUUAGAGGCUGCUGCUGUUGCACUGCCAGUGUUGUACCAGCCACCAAAUGGGCACCAUUCUGUUUAGGCUUAAGUGUUAAGGGUGGGGGGAAGGCGGCAAUAGCUGAAGUCUACUAAGACUCCAGGGAUCUCAGUCUCCACUUGAAAUAAAUAAAUUGAAAUUAAAAGUCAGACAUUUUGGACUCUAGAGAGAAACGCACCCUAGUAACUUCAGUUAAGAAAAAUGUGCAAGAACCUUUACCUUUAAGCUAUGCCCUGCCUGGGGUUUUCACCAGUUUGCAAUAUGAAUAUGCUGCAGCUUAAAGCUCCUUCUAGGAGCUGUGUUUGUUUAUGUAAAAACUGAGUUGAGCUUGUAAUGGUUAAAACUGUAUUUAAUUCUUGUUUUAUAAGUAAGUAAGUGAAAACAAAAAAAAAAUGAAGAAAUGCUUUAAGUAUAAUGUAAUUAUUUUAUAGGUCUACUAUUAAAUUAUAGAUUAAUAAAGCUACUUUAGGGUUAUAUGGCA